CAAAACAAUAAGUUUGUUUUUAAUGUGAUUUUUUGCAGUAUACCGGCCAAUAAAAUGUUACAAACUGAAACAAUGCAAUCCCUACCCACUUUACAUCAACCUCUGCACUCCAAGGUGUCUAAUUACCUGAACAAUCAGCGGAGAACCGGGCAGUUCUGCGAUCUUCUCCUGGAAUUGGACUCGGAUGAUGCACUCAGCUUGAGCGUUCACUUCUGCGUCCUGGCUGCUCAGAGUCAGUUAAUAAAUACCAACCAGAAGCAGCAACAGUUCUCCAUCCACAAUCCGCUCAAGAUCACCAUCCGGAAUUUUAACUGCACCCAGUGCUUUCACACGAUUGUGGAUUUCUUCUACGAGGACAUUGUGUCCGUUUCCAAGGAGCAUGAGUCUCACUUCCGAGAACUGGCCCAGAUACUGGCUGUAACAGAGCUGAUGAAUCUAUACCAAAUGCCCUUGAAGGAAACAUCAGAGAUUACUACUUCCGGAGAAGCAGAACUCAAUCUGGAGGCAGAAAAGAAAUCCGAAGAUGUCUUUGAGAGUCAGCAAAGUUAUUUUAAGUUAAAAAACCCAAAGGCAGUCAAGUCCAGUAGCAAGGUUAACUAUUGCAUUGGUUGCGAUUUUAAAUGCUAUCAAGUGCAAAAGAUGAUCGAGCACAUGAGCAGCUGUGAACCAUCCCACCUAACUUGCUCUUUGUGUGAAGUGGGUUUCCUCGAUUGGCGGGAGUACGAUACACAUCUUCGUCGUCACUCCAGCGAUCUGCGCAAGCCGUUUUUUUGUCUCCAGUGCGGAAUAAGGUUCACCACCCGGGCCGCUUUGUUGGUUCAUCAGCCCAAGCAUUCUACAGAAACACCGCACAUUUGUCCCCAUUGUGGAAAGGGUUUUAAAUGGAAGCAAGGACUAAGCAACCACAUCUUGGUCCAUAAUCCCCAAAAGCAGAUGCUCUGCGAUGUCUGCGGCUACAGUACCACCCACAUGAAGGCCCUUAAAUCUCACAAGCUGCUCCACACUGGGGAGUUUUUUGCCUGCACAGUGGCAGGAUGCAAACACCGGGCCAAUAGAAAAGAAAACCUGAAGCUGCACAUCGAGACCCAUAAACAGGGUCGUGAUUUCAUUUGCGAGGUCUGCGGCUGCAAAUUCAGCCAGAGCAAGAACCUCAAGCGUCACGCCUUAAAGCACACCGAGACCGGUCCGAAUCGUUACAAAUGCCAGCUGUGCGGUUUCAGCAGCCAUCGGUCCGACAAGAUGAAAGAGCACGUGCAGCGUAUUCAUACGGAGAAGGCCGUGCAGCUGGAGCUCUCAGAGACUGUAGACAGUUCCUUCCCCGAUGACUUUGAUCUGCCAGUUAUUGAAACGGUGACGGCUCCAAAAAAGAAGCCCAAGACCCCGAAAUGCAAACAGAAGAACGAAACUAAUCCUGAAAAACGACUAAAAACCUUGCUGCCAAAGGGGACCGUUAAAUAG